GGGUCAUGAUUCACGAAAAAAAUAAUUGAUGGGUUGAAAUUAGAUUACUAGGAAUAGGAAGUCUAGUAGCUUAAAUUAAUUAGAGUUACUUCAUGUACGAACUAUACAGUACGUAUAUCAAAUAUAAACCAACUUGACCCACUCUCUUCUCCUCCCUGUUUCCUUGGCCUCACAAAGAAGAAACAAGAGAGAGAGAGAGAGAACACACACAGUCACACAGUGAAGAGAGAGAGCAUAUAUACCAAACAAAUGAUGAUGAACAUGGUUCUUCUCUUCUCUCAUCAGCAUCAUCACUCAUGAAGAUGAAACCCCCUCUGAUUUCUCAAUCUCAUCAUCAUCAUAUCCCAUCUUCAAUUCCUGCAGUGUUUCUCUUUCUUCUUUCCUAGGUUUAAUUUACUUCCCUCUCACAUCAAACUCUUUCUUGUUGGGUUAUUAAGAGGACAGUUCUCAGAAAGAAAAAAAAAUAAAAAUAAAAAGCAUUUCUUGAGCUUAGUGAAUAGUGACAGAACGUUCCCCCCAGUUCCCACCAUAUAUCCAUCCAUCCAAUCCAACCAUCAUAUAAUUUAUAUCACAAUCCUACGGCCUCACAAAAGUGUUCUUUUUUUUUUUUCUUUCUUCAUUGCCUAUAGCUAGCUAGAGACUUUGUGUUGAAAGAUGGGUUUACUUAUACAAAGUUGCAGACAAGUUUUUCUGGGAUGAUAAACAGAUAAAGGUUGAAUCUUUUCUCUUUUCCUGCCCAAAAAAAAAAAAACAAGAAGAAAGAAAGCUUUUUUUUAGUACUAGUUGUUCUUGGAUUAGGAUGCUUUUGAGUCUGGUAAAAAUUCAGUAAAGCCCAGAAAGAAAAGAAAGAGAAAAGGAGAAAGUGAAGAUCUAUAAAUGUCUAUGGAGUGUAUGGCAGCAGCUCCUUCUGGUGGGGAGGAAAAAGCUAUGGUGACAACAACAGGAUAUUGCUAUUCUGAAGCUUCGGCUUCUGCUUCUGUUGUUAAUAAUAAUAGCAAUAAUCCCAAUAAUAUUCAGACUCAUGUGGUGAGUUUUGAAUCUAAUCCAGAGAUCUACAACUUGUCAAAUGGGAUGGAAAUGAUAGGGUUUCCAUCAUCCUCAUCAACAACAACAGCUACCAAGAAUCAAUCUUCUGACAACAACAACAAUUCUUCUUCUGCUUCAGUUAUGUGGAAAGAGUUUUUUGGCAAGGCUGGAAACAUUGCUGCUGGUGUUGCAUCUUCAUCUAAGAGUACUACUUCUGGAAGUGAUCAUCAUCAUCAUCAAUUCUAUCAUCAUCAAGAUUUCAGCAAGGCUGCAGAUUUCUCAGCCCAUGAGACUUUAAUGGCUGCGGCUGCACCACAUCAUCAUCAUCAUCAGUCAUCAUGGAAUCAUGAUCAUAACAGAGCAGCAGCAGUUUCUUCUCUUCUGGAUGAUCCUUCUUCUCUGAGAUCAGUUGUGUUUCCUUGCGAAGGAAAUCAUGAAAGGCCUAGCCAAGGACUUAGUCUUUCUCUGGGUUCAACAAAUCCUUCAUCCAUUGGGCUACAAUCCUUUGAACUCAGACACCAUCAAGAUGAUUUGAGAUUUGGUCCUUCUUCUAGCUCUUCCAGAUUGAGUACUCUUCAACAACAACAGAUGAUGUUGCAAGAUGGGUUUUUGGGAAAAAGUCAUUUGAAUAGUAAUCUUCUUCCUCCUCCUCAUCAUCAAGGGGGUCUGUUUCAGAUAAGAAAUUCAAAGUACUUGGCACCGGCACAAGAGCUUCUGAAUGAGUUUUGUAAUCUUGGAACCACAAACCAACAAAGUGACCAUGAUCGAGCAUCAUCCAAGAUGAAACUUCAGAAAACCAAUAAUCAGGAUGAUCAAGCAGAUAAUGCAAGCAAUAGUAACUCAUCAAAGAUGCAAUCUUUAUACUCCCUUGACCUAUUAGAACUCCAAAAGAGAAAAGCCAAGCUCCUUCAAAUGCUGGAAGAGGUGGAUAGAAGGUACAAGCAUUAUUGCAACCAAAUGAAAGCUGUGGUAUCAUCAUUUGAAGCAGUAGCUGGGAAUGGAGCAGCCACAACUUACUCAGCCUUGGCUUCAAAGGCUAUGUCAAGGCAUUUCAGAUGCUUAAGGGAUGGAAUUGUGGGUCAGAUUAAAGCUACUAAGAAGGCUUUAGGGGAGAAAGAUACGGUGGUUCCGGGCACAACUCGGGGGGAGACACCGAGGUUAAGGAUUCUGGAUCAAACGUUAAGGCAACAAAGGGCUUUUCAACAGAUGAAUAUGAUGGAAAGCCAUCCUUGGAGACCUCAACGUGGCCUUCCUGAAAGAGCUGUUUCUGUUCUUCGUGCUUGGCUCUUUGAACACUUUCUCCACCCGUACCCUAGUGAUGUGGAUAAACAUAUUUUAGCCCGUCAAACUGGUCUCUCGAGAAGUCAGGUUUCCAACUGGUUCAUUAAUGCAAGAGUAAGGUUAUGGAAGCCAAUGGUGGAAGAAAUGUACGUUGAAGAAACUAAGGAAUUGGAGACCAAUGUGGGGUCCUUGGAAGGUUCCAAAUCCUUGGAUGAUCAAAACCCUCAUCACCACCACCAUCAUCAUCAUCAUCAAGAUCAAAAGCCAACUCAUGAUCAACUUGUCCGGAUCGAUUCCGAAUGUCUGUCAUCCAUCAUUAAUAAUAACCCUAAUGACAAUGGAGGCAAAGGUAAUGAUGAUGAACACCACCACCAAAACUUGCAGCAGUUCCAGAGUUUCGGUAGGGUUUCUUCUAAUGACGCAUUUGGGGCGGUGGAGCUUGACUUUUCAUCCUACAAUCACCCGAGUUACGGCAGCGGUGGCGGCAGUGCUGGUGGUGGUGCCGGAGGAGGAAGUGGCGGCGGCGGCGGGGUGUCAUUGACUUUGGGUUUACAGCAACAUGGUGGUGUGAGUUUGGCUUUCUCACCUCAUGCAACUCAGAAUUCACUGUUUUAUUCAAGGGAUCAGCUUGAAGAUUGCCAAACAGUUCAAUACUCAUUGUUGGAAAGUGAAGGCCAGAAUCUGCCUUAUAGGAAUUUGAUGGGUGCUCAGCUUCUGCAUGAUUUGGCUGGCUAGCUUAACGUAUAAUGUGGAAGGAUUCUUGUGGAUGCAUGGCCUUUUGUUGAUGCAUGGUAUAUUGAGAGUUGAUGGAAAUGGAGAUAUCACAGGUUAUAAUUAGUCUUUUAGUUUAGUUAAUUUGGGGGAAGGUAUACAAUGGAAAAAAUGAAAAUGAUCAUCAUGAGUAGCUUAAAUUAAUGGCAAUAUACAUUUUGAAUAUUUUUUGCCUGAAUGAAAUGCACUGCAAUUUGGAGUUGCUUUCUUGUUUGGAAGCCUUUAGAAAUUGUUAGUGAUUUGGUAUGAUGAUGCAAGAAUAUACAGAUCUUUUUAUUCUCUCUUUUCUCUCCUUGUUUUGGCAUUAGAUUCUUUAGUUCCUCAUGAUUCAAUUUGUUUCACAUUUUCGGAUUUUUUUUACUUUCUAAGAUUGAAACCAAGAUCUCGAAAUUAGUACAUUAAUCUCGUUCUCUCGAAUUCCUCUCUUGGUAUAUUUCUCUUUAAGUCAUUUUCUUUUUUUCUUUUUUUUUUGGUGCACUUUUCUAGUGUUCUCUCUCGCUAUACACACAGCAGACUGAUUGGAUGAAGUUUUGUG